AUGGUCCCCUUCGCACGUGUCUGCAGCAGCUGCCGCCGCCGAGCCUGCAGCAGCAGCCGCCGCCAACCUUCAGCAGCUGCAGCUGCAGAGCCUACAGCAGCAGCCGCAGCCGGACCUGCAGUAGCAGCCGCCGCCGAGCCAACAGCAGCAGCCACCGUCGGACCUGCAGUGGCAGCCGCCACCAGACCUACAGCAGCGGCCGCCACCGACCCUGCAGCAGCAGCUGCCGCCGACCCUGCAGCAGAUCCCGCCGCCGAACCGGCAGCAGGAGUUGCCGCCGAACCUACAGCAGCGGCCGCCGCCGUCCCUACAGCAGCUGCAGUCGCCGAGCCAGCAGCAGCAGCUGCCGCCGUACCUGCAGCAGCGGCCGCCGCCGACCCUACAGCAGCAGCCGCCGCUCGAGACUACAACAGCAGCCGCCGCCGUCCCUGCAGCAGCGGCCGUUCCCGAGCUUGCAGCAGCUGCCACCGCCGUCACGACUACCUCGGCCCUGCCUUUGACACCUGGCUAGAUGACCUGCACCUCUUCCUACAGCUCACUGCCAAGGAGGACAUUUCACUGUACGAUCACGCCCUAGGCCACGCUUCUGCCCCUGACACUUCUACUGACAGCACUCUGCGCUCCCAGUGGCAGACCCGUGACGCGCACGCUCGCUUCGCUAUUCGCAACUCCCUACCGCUAGAUGAGCGCGAGCACUUCGGCCAGUGCAAGACUGCUAAGGAACUGUACACAGCCGUAGUUGCUCGCUACUCCUCACCUGCGUCUGCCGCACUAGGCCGCCUCUCACUGCCCUACCUGUUCCCUGACCUGGCCUCCUUUCACACUGUUGCUGACCUCAUCACCCACCUCAAGACUAGUGAGGCCCGCUUUCGCGCUGCUAUGCCUGCCGAGUUCCUUGCUAGCAACCCCCCCCCGCUCUGGCUCACUCUCUACCACAUUGUCACCCGCCUCCCUGACUCUCUGCGCACAGUCAGGGACUCCUUUCUAGCUCGCUCCCCUACUGAGCUCACCAUUGCCCUCCUUGAGAAGGACCUACUUGCAGCUGAGGCGAGCAUCGUCGCCGUAGGUGCCUCUCGUGGCGACCCCCGCACCCCCUUCUUUGAGGGGUGUUCCCCUUCCCCUCUCCUCCCCUCUGUCGCCUCUGCUGCUGCUGUCGACCUCCUUGGUGCUGAGAAGGUCGGGACCGCGUCUGCUUCGAGCGGGCGCCGCAGGAGCAAGGGGGGCAAGGGUGGAGGUGGCGGCGGAGGAGGUGGGGGUGGAGGCGGUGGUAGUGGAGGAGCGAUGGGGGAGGCUAGUGGUGGCAAUGGGGGUGGUGACGGCAGCGGCGGGGGCGGUGGCAGGGGUGGGGGCAGCAGCGGGGGCGGAGGUGGUCGUGGCAGCGGCAGGGGAGGGGGUGGUCGAGGAGGUGGCGGCGGCGGUGGUGGUCGUGGAGGCUCUGGCUGGAGGUGGCCAGAGUCAGCAGCACGCCCCGACCCUCCAGGCCGCCCGUGA